UUUAUUAUAAUUGCAAUCCUUUUAAGAGCAUAUUAUUAUCUUAUUAUUUAGUAUUUACUUGAAAUUAACUAUAUGCUAUUAGUAAAAGACGUCAGCGUGUAAUGAAGAGUUGUAAGGUACAAUUUAUAUGACAUAUAAAGUCGAGAUGUCGAGGAACAGCCGGUAACUCGGUUACAAAGUGUCAUACACGAAGUAAGGGUCAUAUAGAAUGUUGGGAGUUCUUGUUUUCUUUUUAGCGGUCUGGAGUGUUACGCCGUUGGGCUUACCUGAUUACCUCAAAUCAUGUUCAAGAAAUGAUCCAAACUUGAAUGAGUGUGCUCUAAAAUCGGCCCAAGACUCGAUUCGCCAGUUCUCGUUGGGAGACUCUGGAAGAGAUUUACAGUCCUUGGAUCCAUUAUACAUACCCGAAAUGAAGGUGUAUAUCCCUGAUGAGAAGGGCUUAAAAAUAGUAUUCAAAAAUAAUUAUUUCAAAGGACUCUCCAAGCUGCAGCUAAAGGGUUUGAAGUUUGACCUGGAUAAAAAAUUAAUAGUUGCUGACGCUUUGGUUAAUCUCGAUGUAAAAAAUGAAUAUGAGGUCAGCGGAAAAAUUCUACUUUUAGCAAUUCGUUCUAGUGGCGAUGCGUCGAUAAGACUUAAAAAUACUUUACUACAUAUUCAGAUAUGGUAUGAGCAUGUACUUCAAGAUGGGAAAAUUCACUGGAAUAUAACAAAACAUGAUGUGAAAUACGAAGUAGAAAAGGCGGUUUUCCGAUUAGAAAAUCUACUUAAUGAUAAGAAUAUCGGUGAUCAAAUCAACAAGCUCAUCAAUGAAAUGUGGCGUGACAUCGUGGCAGAUGUGGGUCCAUCUAUAUGCAAGAGCCUGACAGCCGCCGUCGUUGAUAAUGUGGCGAUACUUCUCAAACAAGUUCCCUAUGACGAACUUAUGCCUGAAUGAUACUAUAAUAGCUUUUAUAUAUUAAAAAAAAAACGAAAGAUGGGCGAUAGUAUUUUUAAUUAAGUUAAGCGAAUUACGAUUAUCCUUAAAUACAUUAAGGAUACAAUUAAUUCGCUUGGGACUAAAAUGAAAUGACUGUAAUUGUCUAAAAGGAAAUUAACAUAAGUUUAUUAUUUCACGUUGUAUUUAAUAAGUUAACUCUACUUAUUAGAAAGACAAAUGUCCAUUUAAUGGACUCCAUGUUCCAUUAAUUCUAUACUUUUAAUCUUCCUGACUUCCUGUGAUUAUAAACACAACGUGUUGAUAAUAUAAGUAAGCAAACAUUUGUUUUUGUUAAAUACUAAAUGCGAUAUAAUUUUCCGAUUCAUUCUACCAAUUAAAGACAUUUAUAAUUCUA